GAUCACAAGUACUUGAACACGCACGCGAAACACGACACGGUCAGGGCCCCGAAGGGGCCACGCUCAGACAGGAUGAGGGGGAUGGUGAACAUCCAGUUCCAGUUUGUCGCUUGGGCUCCAGCGUCGACCCCGGCAGCGCAGCCUCUCGAGGCCGUCUUGGCGGAGGGCGUUGCCGUGGAGAUGGUCGGCCCAGCUCCUCGGGGAGACCUCGAGAGGGAGGCGUCCCAGGCACUCCAGAAG